AAAAUGUAUUCAUGCAUUUCAGGUAGACACAUAUUAUUCUUCCAAGUAAAAGUAGUAUUAACAAUGAUGUAAAUUAGGCUUUGUUGAAGCAGCCGAAACACUUGAAGAAGCAGUACGUCGAGAAGCGUAUGAAGAAACCGGUAUUAUUAUUGACCGUAUGGUUUAUCAUAGCUGUCAGCCAUGGCCUUUUCCAAAUUCGCUUAUGCUUGGAUUCAUUGCAGAAGCUAAAUCUUCGGAUAUUCAAUUUUCUGAUGAUGAAUUAGAGCAUGCUACUUGGUUUACUCGAUCAGAUGUUAUGGCAGCUGCUAAUAAUGAUCCAAAUUCUACCCUUUCCUUAGCUCCUAAAGGAUCUCUUGCCUCUACACUUAUUCAUGCUUGGUUGUAUGAUAAAAAGUGGCAAUCUGCAAAUGCUGCAAAAAUGUAAUUUUUUUUUUUUUUUUUCGGGGGCGGAGUCUUAUGUUAUAUAAGUAGAAAGUAGGUCAUAAGAGUAGCUUAUAAAUAAAUAAAGUUUCGCGUACAGCCCUCUUUUUUAUUUUUUCCCUUUUCCUUUUUCUUAUUUUUUUUUUCACUUCCUGUUAUGUCAUACCAACC